AUGAGACUAAAUUUAAAUGGACUUGCAGACACCCUCAACAAGUUAGAUUCAGGUAUCAAAAAUUCAUUUGAUAAGAAAACAGUUCCUGUUGACAACACAUUAAGUCUUGAUGAUCAGAUGAAUAUUCUCAACAGCAAUUUGGCUAUUACAAACGAUCAAAUGGCGUCUUACGAAAAGUAUUCUGGAUGUUGUUGUUCUCUUUUUGAGACUCUUUGCACGAUGACUCAAAUGCUCGAAAGCACUAUAACAGCAAAUACAGAUGUUAAACAAUGGUUGUUAAGAAAAUUGAAUAGUUUCCAGGCCAAAAAGACUGAUCUAGACAAUCAAAUCAAAGAACAUGAACAAAAAAAUCACCAAGAAAUUGAUGAAAGAAAUGAAAGAAAAUCAGUGCUUUUACAACAAGAAAAUUUGAAUGGGGUAAAACAAGGAAACGACUCUUUAUUAAUAAAAACAGAAAACUUGUUUAUUGAUCAACCAAAAAUCAUUCAAACAAAUAAAUUCAUUCCAAAGUUGAACGAAGAAGAAGAUGUGCAAGUCAAUAUAAUACCCAAAGAAAGAUCCGGAACACCAGAAAAGAAGUUGGAUGAUGACUUAAAAUCACAAGAUAAAGAGGUGCAACGUAUUAUGCCCAAAAUGCGAAUUAUCAAAGAAAAACAAAAGAGUGACUCCAGUUUGUUUAUUCGUUCUUUUGAAACGAAAUUUCCGCCAUUGGAAAGUAGUUGGUCGCCAUCUGAAAAAUUGUUUGUGAACAGAAACAUUGCUGGCGUUGUGAAAUUUGAUUUGCAAAAGACAGAAGAUGAAACCAAUGUGGGUCAUGCGGAAACAAAAAAUGAACACGACGAAAAAACAAUAGAAAUAAUAAGACAAAACAACACUGAAACGAAAAAUUGA